GCCAAAAACGUGAUAAGACAUGUUUUUCAUUGAAAGAACCGUAUCUUCGGUAAUUGAUUCGUCAAGCCUGUUAACUACGUCAUUAAGCAGCGUCUAAAGAGGAACAGCAUGCUUGAACAUUACAAGAGUUUUUCUUGACAAAAUUAUGUUGAAAUGGCUCCGACACGCCAAAAAGUUAAGAAUACAAAAGUUUCAGGGAAAGAUGUACAUUUUAAUAAAGCAAAACUGCCGACAGCGGCAGUUAAAAAGAAGAGAAAAUGGAUCCCCGAGCACAAAUUCAAAGGCAGCGUGAAGGAAGGACGAGGAUUUGCGUUCGAUAAAAAACAGAAAGUCAGACAUGAAUACAACAAGCUGCUACGAAAAGAGAGAAAAAAGCAGACCACUGAGUCCAAAGUUCUGUAUAAAGAAGAGUAUCCAGAACAUCUGAAACAUCUGUAUCUGGCAGAGGAAGAAAAACUGAGGAAUGAAGCCUGGACCAACAGGAUGAACAGGAGCAAGCUGAGAAUAAAGGGACAACUCAAGGAUAAACAAAGUGCUGCUGUUGAUGAUGAUGAUGAUGAUGAGGAGGAGGAGGAAUUCAUUGGAGGAUCAGAACAGAUGGAUUCAGUUUCUGAGAACCCCAAACCAAUGAUGGCCUCAGAGAAGGAGAGUCUUCCAAUAAGCAACCGCAUGAAGAAGAAAAUGGAGAAAAAGACAUCCUACCAGCGGACAAAGGAGGAAUUUGAGAGAGUCAGAGAGAACCAGAGGAAAAAGAAAGAGGAGUACCUGAAGAACAAACAGCAGAGAGAAGAAGCCCUGCAGAGAUACAAGCAGAAAAAAUCAGAGACGUUUCAAAUGCUGAGCAAAAAGACUAAGAAAGGACAGCCAAAUCUGAACCUGCAGAUGGAGUAUUUACUCCAGAAGAUCCAAGGAGCGAAUAAAUGAACUCAUCAGGAAAAGGGAGUGGAAUUUAUCUGCCAUUUAAACCUGCUUCCUGAUUUAUCACAGCUUGCAAAUAUUCUGUGAGGUGAUUUUAUAGUGUUUUGUUCCAGAUAAGAGCCAAGCCAGGGCUACUUAUAAUCAUAAACCACAAGAUGGCAUCGUUAGAUGUGGACAUGUUUUGUGAUGAAAUGCAUUGCUUCCUCCUGUGCAGUUAUUUCAUUUAAAUGUCAUGACAUGUUUAUUAAACUGGCUCAAAAUAA